AUGGGUGGGAAGACGAGCAAGGCACUUUGCCAGGAACCCUUUGAGGAAAGUGCAAAAAAUAACCAAAAGGAGAUCAAAGCAGAUUUUAGUCAAGGACCGGCAAAGGACGUCUGGUCCAAGUCCCUGCCGCUCAGACUAUCGAAAAAAAGGCCCUCACAACACGCUCCAACGCAGCAGAGAGACAAGUGCGAAGAGAAAGCUGGAGAAGAAGAGGCCGAACCCGAACCAAGUGAGAGAUCACUACAAGAAUCUCGGGAAGUGAACAGUCAAACUAACCCAACAAGCAAUGGUUCGAGUGCAGGUUCACCUUUUCAUAAUGACGACGUCAAUGCCGGUAUCGUUAUACUUACUCUCAUCACUGAUAUCUGCAAAAAGGCUAGAAAGCCUUCCGACCAAGAACAAGAGCAGCUACAUGCCGUUUUUGACCAGAUGCCGUAUCUCUUGACCUCAGAGGCACGUGAACAGCAGAGAGAAGAAGAACUUGUCAUGGCCAUUCAGUUUCUGACGACAGUGUACGAUCAUCCUGAAUCGGUGAACUGGGGAGCCAUUGAAAGUUUUGAUAAUUUGCAGCUUGCUUUGGAAAGCUUGAAAAAGUUUGGCGACCGAGUAGAAGCCGAACCAAGAGAAGGACCAGGGGGUGUUUUCAUUGUAUGA